AUGAAAGGUUUUUUGCACAGCCAAGAUGGCUCUUAUGCGUUCCCUCUUGGUCCCAAAGUGACAACCAUUGGACGAGAAAAUUGUGACAUUAGCAUCAAUAAUAAUAAUGUUGAUAACCAACAUGCCUUAAUAGAAUUUGAUGAUGAACAGCGUUGCUUUAUUUUAAAAGACUUGAAUUCGUCAACAGGUACUUACGUACAUGAUUGCCGUGUUCAAAACGCAGCUGUUCGGCUGAACAAUGAAGAUGUUAUAAGAUUUGGUUUUAAUGGUUUACCACUUGAGUUUAGAAUUGAACAACAACAGCAAGAGGCAUUCUACGAUAAUGUAUUAAAGAUAUCAUAG